AAUUAUUACAGCCGACUGCUUAGGUUAGUUCUUACCAAACCGUUAAUCCGGCAGCAGAAAAUGGAAUUAAGUGCUGCAGCUGCUGUCGCAUAACGGGCGUCACCUGGAACGCACCUCUCGCGAUUAGGGUUUAUCCGUCCGCUGAUAUCUUCCCUCCUCCUUUGUCCGCCGCGCAUUCAUCUAGUGUUCUUUCUCAGGCCGGUGAUACCAGCCUCACGCAAUUGCAGUAAGACGAGCCGUCGUGGAAUGCUGCGCAUCAGAGCCGGAGAGGGCGAUGCAGGUACAAGACGAUAGCGCGUUUGAGAGCGAUCGGGCGGCGGCAAGAGAGUGAAUUGCGAGGGAAGCUCGAGCGGGUAAUGGAACGGGUUCGGGUGCGGCGACUAAAUACUUGUCUAGUUUUGGGUGAGAAUGCUCUUUCUGCAUGGUGCUGGCAGCGGUUUCAAGCGAAGAGCUGAUUUAAGCGCUAUCGGAACUCGGAAAUAGGUAGAUGUAUAGCUCUUCCCCUGCACGGGACUCUAGAGUAGAGGAAGUGAUGGUAACAAGGUUUUCAGUUGCAUUUGUGGAUUUUGCAGUAGAUGGUGCUUGAUAGAUGCAAUCAUGAGUUUGGAAGCAGAAUCUCCUUUGCAUUCCUCAAGCAGCAGCGAUGAUUUUUUGAUGUACCUUAAUGCUGAGCUGGAUUUGGAGGCUUCAGAAUCUUCUCCUCAAGAUGAAGAAGUUGAUAAUGCUCAGAUAAGUGUUGUCGAAGAGCCAAGGAGUAAAAGGCCUAAGUUGGAUCCAGAUGGUACUGUAGAGAUUGAGAAGCCCACAAAUUUAGCGUCUAUCAAUGAAAAUACUGGUUCAUCUUCAGAAGUUCAAGAUGAGGGCAUAUGCCCACCACAUCCCGGCUUUUUUAAAGGAUUGUGCAUGAGAUGCGGACAAUUGGAGGAGGAUGAUGGAUCGGGUUUGGCAUUUGGUUAUAUUCAUAAGGAUUUAAGGCUUGGCAGUAGGGAAAUUGAUAGACUGCGUGGAGCAGAUCUGAAGAAGCUGUUACGCGAGAAAAAACUCGUGCUGAUCUUAGAUUUGGACCACACGCUGCUCAACUCAACAAGUCUUGCUGAUGUCUCUGACGAAGAACAAUACUUGUUAAGACAAGCAGAAUCGUCUCAGAGUAUAUUUUUUUCUCAUAAAUGGCUUAAUAAUACAUCAUUUUCUAAUAAUUUAACUUUUCUCUUGGUGACUUUUUUAGAUGAUGCGAAGAAAAGCUUGUUGAAACUGGAUCAUUUGCACACGCUAACUAAGUUGAGGCCCUUUGUCCAUGACUUCUUGAAAGAAGCAAAUACCAUGUUUGAGAUGUAUAUAUAUACUAUGGCAGAGCGGUCUUAUGCGGUGGAAAUUGCGAAGCAUCUUGAUCCCGAGAAUGUGUACUUUAACUCCAAAGUGAUAUCACAAGCUGAUUCAACAAUAAAAUAUCAGAAAGGACUUGAUGUUGUAUUGGGAGCAGAUAACCUUGUAGUGAUUCUUGACGAUACAAAGUUUGUCUGGAAAAGACAUCUAGAAAACUUGAUCUGGAUGGAGAAGUAUCAUUUCUUUGCUUCUAGUUGCCGAUUAUUUGGUGUAGGCUCUAAAUCUUUAUCACAAUUGAAGCAAGAUGAAAGAGAUUCUGAUGGAGCUCUUGCCAAUAUUCUUGGUGUCCUCAAGCGUGCUCACCAGAUGUUUUUUGAUCCGGAGCUUGGUACUGAUCUUGAAUGCAGAGAUGUCAGACAGGUUCUUAAAACAAUCAAGCAGGAAAUCCUGCAGGGCUGUGUUAUUGUUUUCUCCAGACUCUACUCAUCCACGUCCCAGCCAGAGGAGGAGGGGAUCUGGAAGAUGGCAGAAGAAUUGGGAGCCAUUUGCAUCAAGGAGGUCGAUGAUUCUGUGACACACAUUGUUUCUUCGGAUGCAGGAACUCAGAAGUCUCGUUGGGCCUUGAAAAAUAACAAAUUUUUGGUUAAUCCUUAUUGGAUUCAUGCAGCAGUUUUCUUGUGGCGCAGGCAGCCUGAGGGGAAUUUCCCUGUCCGUAAUUCACAAGAGAAACCUUAGAAACUUUUGCUUUUUUUGCUGUAUAGAUUAUGACAGAAUUUGCAGAUUUGCACAUAUGAUUCUCUUCGAUUUUUUUUUUUUAAAUAGCUAUAGUUGGAGUAUAGAUGGAUUUAUUGUAGAAACAGUUAGAAACCGCUGUUUUAUUGAUUAUAGCGCUUUGGUUAUAUCAGACAGCAUUUUGACA